AUGGAUAAUAGUACUUGUAGUAACGAACAAGAAGAUGCUGCCAACCGAUGUCGGUGGUUUCGCAUCAAUUGGAAAUGGUGCAAAAUGGGCAGCUCUGGUCUUGGAAUAGAUAUCCGCUCAAAUCCAAUGGUGUCGCUUGUGUCUGCUCAGAUUAUUUGGGGCUUUGUCCCUUGGUGCAUAUACAAUCAAACCGGAGACAGCGAAUUCUACGAUGUCCGAGUGGAAAACAUGGAUCACCGCUACCUUUAUCUGGAUGUACAUUGGUACCCAAGAUGCCUGGGCUGUAAAUAUAAUAGUUCUGUACUUCUCCAAAUACGGCAACAUGAAACUGGGAAAACCGGAUGA